CACGCAGACAUCCCUACACCCCCGUCUCCCUUAGCUGGUGAUGCUCAGCCAAGUCAUUUUUUCUUAAGGUGGCGCCUGGAGUUUGGACUUCUUUCCUGAGAUCGCAUCCCUAGAGAGCUUCCUAUCUUAAUACUAACUUUAAUGCCGCAGUUAUUGAGCGAUAGAAAACGAAUGUCAAAAGCCAAAGCAAAGAAACAUCUCAAUAAACCCUUUCGGUAAACGCACUGAAGGAACGCGGCGGGUGACCCGGAAGCGGAAGUGUAUCCUCUUCAUGAAAGGCUGGACUACGCCGAAUAGUGACGUUACCACAUUGGGCGGAAGGUUCGGUGGCAGUCAUCGGUCUUCCAGCUGGUGGGAGUUGGCGUCGCGGUGCUGGGCGCUGGGACCCUAGUUUAUGUGGGGUAGCACCUGUCUGUCUGAUCCCCGCUUUCGUUGUUUUCCUCCCACGGCGUGGGGCUUCGCGAAGGAAUCCCCGGCCCGUUUGGGUCACGGCUGUAGCGGUGCCUUUUGCGAGUUCCUUGUAAUCACGCCUUAAAGUCUUCAGGAUGGUACUAGCAGACCUUGGAAGAAAAAUAACAUCAGCAUUACGCUCAUUGAGCAAUGCCACCAUUAUCAAUGAAGAGGUGUUAAAUGCUAUGCUAAAAGAAGUAUGUACAGCAUUAUUGGAAGCAGAUGUUAAUAUUAAACUAGUGAAGCAACUAAGAGAAAAUGUAAAGUCUGCAAUUGAUCUUGAAGAGAUGGCAUCUGGUCUUAACAAAAGAAAAAUGAUUCAGCACGCAGUAUUUAAAGAACUUGUGAAGCUUGUAGACCCUGGAGUUAAGGCAUGGACACCCACUAAAGGAAAACAGAAUGUGAUCAUGUUUGUUGGAUUGCAAGGGAGUGGUAAAACAACAACAUGUUCAAAGUUAGCAUAUUAUUACCAGAGAAAAGGUUGGAAGACCUGUUUGAUAUGUGCAGACACAUUCAGAGCAGGGGCUUUUGACCAACUAAAACAGAAUGCAACCAAAGCAAGAAUUCCAUUCUAUGGAAGCUAUACAGAAAUGGAUCCUGUCAUCAUUGCCUCUGAAGGAGUGGAGAAAUUCAAAAAUGAAAAUUUUGAAAUUAUUAUUGUUGAUACAAGUGGCCGCCAUAAACAAGAAGACUCUUUGUUUGAAGAAAUGCUUCAAGUUGCUAAUGCUAUACAACCCGAUAACAUUGUUUAUGUGAUGGAUGCCUCCAUUGGGCAGGCUUGUGAAGCCCAGGCUAAGGCUUUUAAAGAUAAAGUAGAUGUAGCCUCAGUAAUAGUGACAAAACUUGAUGGUCAUGCAAAAGGAGGUGGUGCACUCAGUGCAGUUGCUGCCACAAAAAGUCCAAUUAUUUUCAUUGGUACAGGGGAACAUAUAGAUGACUUUGAACCUUUCAAAACACAGCCUUUCAUCAGCAAACUUCUUGGUAUGGGUGACAUUGAAGGAUUGAUAGAUAAAGUCAACGAGUUGAAGUUGGAUGACAAUGAAGCACUUAUAGAGAAGUUGAAACAUGGUCAGUUUACGUUGCGAGACAUGUAUGAACAAUUUCAAAAUAUCAUGAAAAUGGGCCCCUUCAGUCAGAUCUUGGGGAUGAUCCCUGGUUUCGGAACAGAUUUUAUGAGCAAAGGGAAUGAACAAGAGUCAAUGGCAAGGCUAAAGAAAUUAAUGACAAUAAUGGAUAGUAUGAAUGAUCAAGAACUGGACAGUACUGAUGGUGCCAAGGUUUUCAGUAAGCAACCAGGAAGAAUCCAAAGAGUAGCAAGAGGAUCAGGUGUGUCAACGAGAGAUGUACAAGAACUUUUGACACAAUAUACCAAAUUUGCACAGAUGGUAAAAAAGAUGGGAGGUAUCAAAGGACUUUUCAAAGGUGGUGACAUGUCUAAGAAUGUGAGCCAGUCACAGAUGGCAAAAUUGAAUCAACAAAUGGCCAAAAUGAUGGAUCCUAGAGUUCUUCAUCACAUGGUGUGUGACUUUCUCGGAGAGAAGAUUGCAUCUGUUUUGGGCAUCAGCACCCCAAAAUACCAGUAUGCCAUUGAUGAGUAUUACCGGAUGAAGAAGGAGGAAGAAGAAGAAGAAGAAGAGAACAGGAUGUCUGAAGAAGCAGAAAGACAAUACCAGCAAAAUAAGCUGCAGGCUGAUUCCAUUGUUCAGUCAGAUCAACCAGAAUCACUUGUAUCCAGUUCAUUUGUGAAUCUCAAUUUUGAAAUGGAGGGAGAUUGUGAAGUAAUUAUGGAGAGCAAACAAAAUCCAGUCUCUGUCCCUCCGUAGAAUGAAAUGACCAUCAAACUUCUAAGGUAGUUUUUAUACCAGGAACUUUCACACUCUCUAUUCAAUGGGACUUAAUAGUUAUUUAUAUUUUAAAUUAUUAAGUUAUCUGGAAAGGGAAGAAUGUUUCUUUAUUCUUAGGCUCUAUCUAGAAAAAGCCAGAUCUGAAAUUUGGAUAUUUGUACUAUGCUUUUACUAUGUCAGAUUAGUGCUUUGGUUUUAAAAUGAUCUUUUAAAAAAAGUUAAGGACAUUCUAGAACCCUAACCACCAAUUAAGAAGAGUUAACUUAUCAAGCUUGUCUGUUAUUUGUGUAAGAAAAAAAAAAAGGUAAAUUACUGAACAAGGCUAACUGGAGCUGAUAUUCGUAGUCUCAGAUUAAAAUGAGGAUUUUUCCCCUAGAUCUUCUCAUGUUAUGUCCUACAUUUAUAUAUCUAACCAUUCAUUUCAUACUAAGGACGGUUCACUGAAUGUGUAAUAAAAGGAGCAAGAUGAAAGCA